CUUGAGAAGGCGUUUAAACUAAAUCUCAGCCAGCCCACGCCCAUGGUCUCCGGCUUUAAGCAGACGCGUGAUAUUACCAAAUUUCAACGGCCAGGCUUGAAGUUAUUAGUUGAAGAGGACCAAAAGCCCAGCGUGUUCAAAACAUUCGGACAGGGUCAGACAGAGGCCGUCUGGAACGCUGAGCUGUCCACCUCAAGCUACCCAAUAACGGAGAAGACGCCAAUGAGUGCGCUGUGGGCUCAGCUGGGAGGGUACCCGGACAUCCCAAAGCUGCUGCAGCUAGACAUUCAGGCGACUUUCAGGAAAUCUCUUGCUUCCCUCAGGUCACAGUGA